CUCCACGGUGGUCGGGCAGGCGCGAGGACGCGUCGAACGGGAGGACUCCGCGGACACCAUGCGACUCCUCACGGCGCUCACAGUGUUGGCAGUAGUGGCGAGCACGCAGGCCUUCUUCGGCAGCCUCUUCGGCUUCGGCAAGAGGGGCCACGGCGGCUACGGCGGCGGCUACGGCUACGGCGGGGGCGGCCAUGGCUACGGCGGAGGCGGUCAUGGCUACGGCGGCGGCAGCCACAGCUACGGCGGAGGCGGGGGUCACCACAAGGGCGGGGGUCACCACAAGGGCGGGGGUCACCACAAGGGCGGAGGUCACCACAAGGGUGGAGGUCAUGGCAGUGGUUACAUCCAAGUGAGGCCGUCGCAUGGUUACGGUCCGCCCCGCCCCAGCUACGGCCCGCCCAAGGCCAGCUACGGCCCGCCCAAGGCCAGCUAUGGCCCGCCUAAGCCCAGCUACGGUCCGCCCAGGCCCAGCUACGGCCCGCCUAAGCCCAGCUAUGGUCCGCCCCGCCCCAGCUACGGCCCGCCCAAGCCCAGCUAUGGCCCGCCUAAGCCCAGCUACGGUCCGCCCAGACCCAGCUACGGCCCACCAGCGCCCAGCUACGGCCCGCCGGUGACUCCCUCCAGCGGCUACGGAGCCCCUCACGGACACGGAGGCGGUGGACAUGACGGUGGACACACCGGGGGCGGAUACAGCGGAGGUGGACACAGUGGAGGAGGACACGUUGAAAGUGGACACACCGGGGGCGGAUACAGCGGAGGUGGACACAGUGGAGGAGGACACGUGGAAAGUGGACACACCGGGGGCGGAUACAGCGGAGGUGGACACAGUGGAAGGGUCGGCGUCGCGGGCACCCCGGGCUCCGGCUACUCGGCUCCGGCUCCCGGGCCUUCGUACGAGGCUCCGGUGCCUGUCUCGAUUCACGAGAUCCAGGCUCCCGACCUCAGGCCAAAGCUACGCCCCUAG